AUGCGAGGCCCGAGGAAGCGUAGCCGCCGGCCUGCGCCCAGGCCAGUCGAGGAGAGAGGCCGAGGCCCGAAGGCCAAGGGGCUCGAGGAGCCGGGGCGCAAGAGGAGAGCGGCGGCGCGGGCGUCUUCGGGGCCUGAGGUGGAAGGUGACAAGGCGGGGCGGCGUCGGGACCAGGGAGCACGUGACCGGAACCCCGACCCCCGCGGCUGGAGAGUUCGCCCCUGGGUCCGCAGAGAAAAAAGAAAAAUUACUGAAGUCUCAAGUGAUGAUGGGCAGCCAGGGAUUGACCUGGUAAGAAAGGCAUCAUUAGCUACUUUGGAAUCUUUCCACACAGUGGAAUGUGGUGAAUUUAGAGUAUGACUUUCUCUGAGUCUGGCUAAGGAAGGUUAGGUAGAAAGUAUUAAAAUAAAAAUUGAAGUUUAAAAAAGUUUAAGUUUAGAAAGCUCACCUUCUGGAAUAACUGAAAAUGAGACAACACAAAAUACUAAGGUUGAAUUCUGAGAUGAAUUGUAUCCAAAAUAUUUUUGUAACAACUUAACACCUGAUUUAGAAGAUAAUUCCAUUUUAAAAUUAAGUAAUUGAAAUUAUUUCCCCUAUUCCAAGGUCUGUAAUAAUAGCUUUGCACAGGAACCCGACAGUGGAUGUAUACAUGUAGUAGAAAAUUCCUUGAAGGUAAAGAAAGAAAACCUUAAGAGACCUGCUGAGAAGAGUGACACAAACAGUAUUCCUAAGCUCCUAGAAACGGAAGGAAGUGUAAUGGGAAUAAAUAAAUUACCGCUUGAAAACAGUAACUUAUAUCAAAGUAAAAGGAAUGGCUCACUUUCCUACCUUCCAAGUGAAAAAAAUAAAUAUUCUGUAGAGGAGAACAAUGUCAGGAGAAAACCCAGAAAAAAGAUGAAGUUACCUGAAAUAAAAGAAACACUGGAGAAGAAUUUCUCUAACUUGUGGAAUGAGUCUGAGUUGGUGUUGAAAAAAACCCAAAUAAAUAUGGAGGGGAAAGAAGCAGAGAUAACAGAGGCUAAGAAAAGUCCUUUAAAAAUUUUGAGAAAAGAAUACUGUAAUACACCCUCUCCAAAGGAUCAAUUAUCGACUCUCCCAGAAACAGAAGAAAAAGAACCAAGUGCUGGACAUCAUGCAAAUACUAUGUUUCCAAAAAUCCUUGAGCCACUUUUGAAAGAAGAAACAAGGAAAACUUCAGAGUCCUUGAAAUGCCAAAGUAUAGAACCAGAAGAGUAUUUUAAGACAGUGACAAACUCUGUCACAGUGGAAUCACCCAGUGAUAGCUAUCAUCUUGAAAACAGAUCACAAGAACAUUUGAGAAAACAACCUGAAGACUCAAAGCUAAGCUGCCGCAGAACAGUACCAAUCACUGGUAAAAGAAGCUGGCCUUUAUAUUCAUGUGCUAGAACAUCUCCCUAUUAUUGGAAAAAGGCUAUUUUGCCAAACUCAAAUUACUCACUUCCUGGAUCCCAGGGAAAUUUUAGGCAAGAUAAUUUUCUUGAACAUCAAACAAAGCAGACUCAGUUUUCUGACUCCAAAUUGCUACAAAGCUCCUUAAUGGAAAAAAACAUUGAACACUCAAAUAAGGAAAAUUUGGAUUCUAAUUUAGAUUGCUCAUCUUCAGUUUCAGCUGAAGAAUCUACAUUGGUGGCUAUAAAGGACCCUAUAAUUUAUGAUAAAAAGAUAAAGUCAGAGGAACUUAGCAGAAGCGGGUCAGAGGUAGUUUCUAAAAGUAUUGAGGAUACCCAAGUAACUAAUGUGACUCAAAGUUUACCAGGAAGUAAAAAAACAAGAGGGAAUGUAACAAAACUUAAUUUGACUGUGGCUUACCAAGAUGGCCAAGAGGCAAAUAGCUCUGCAAACAAAACUACUCAUAAAAAAGCCUGCAUUGCUAAGCAAGCACUUGUAGCUCCAGACUUGGGUAAAAUAUUAAACACAGGACGGCUGCCUAAUUUUAAAAUUCCUUUACUUAAAAAUAAGACAGAAAAAAACCUAAAUGCCAAGUCAUCAGAAAGAGAAGCAUAUAGUCCACUAGAACUCCUUGACAGUUUAUCUGGAGCAGAGUUAAGGCAGAAUAAGAACAAAGAAUGUGCCUCCUCAGCAACACCAAGACCUCAGUCUUUUAGCAUACAAAAUGGUGUCGCUUCAGGGCAAGCUCGUUCUAACUCACUCUACAGUAAAAAUCCCUGUAGUAUUUCUCCAAGAUUUACAAAGCAAGGUGAUGACAGUAAACCAUUCAAUCACAUCCCUGAGCGAAGAAAUGUUAUUCCUAGUAAAGAACCUGUUUCUCUCACAAUUGGAAAUAAUGUUUUGUCUUAUAAGCCUAGCUGUGUAAAGGAAAGUUCUCUCUGCUCUAAAGACCAAACAUUUGACCCAAUUUUCUCUGAGAGAAGUGGUACAAAAAUGACUAAACGCAUUUCAGAAAUCAAAGUGGAGUUUCCAGACAUUCUUAAAGCUUAUGAAGAUGAUGUCCUUUUAAUUGAUGUAAUUCAAGAUGAUCCUGACCUCUUUGGAGUCUCCAGUGAAGGGGAGAUCUCAUUUGUUUCACAAGUCCCCAAAAGAAGUCAUGAAGUCCCCAAAAGAAGUUGUGAGCCCAAUGCCACUGCAGAACAUCAUGUAGCUGAUUCCAAGCACAUGGAACUUCCAGAAAAAGAAUCACGUGACUUAAGAGAAUGUGCUGUAUUGGACCCUGGAUUGAUGAAGUUGGAGAUCUGCACUUCCUUGCCAGCAGCAAAUGAGAUAAAGCAUGAUUCCAAAGGUACAAACGUUUCUUUAGAAGUUGCUAAUGAGGCCUCUGCAAAUGAAGAACUUGGAAACCUCAGUGAACAAGUAACAGGUUCAGACUCAGAUGAAAAGUGUGGAGUUUCUAGCAAGAUGACUGUUAAAGAAGACAAAGAAAAUAUUUAUGAAGUUUGCGAAAGCAAAGAUUCUAGAAAUGGAGAGAUUAUGGCUGGUGAAUGUCAGUUAGCGACACUGAGCCCCAAACCUCUGCACUUGCCAGUGCUCCCUUUGAACCUAAGUGGCCGUCAAGAGGGUGUAAUACCAAAGCCCCGGAUGAAUGAUGUGAGAUUUCCUGGAAAACCUUCUGUCGUAAAACUGCAGAAUCCUGAAGCUUGUGAAACAUUUAAAAGGGAAAGAAAUUCAGAGAUGUCCCAGAAGCCACUGGGGCUGACGAUCCCCCACAGAUACUGCAAAUUUCAUUUUAACACCAUCCGGGGCUGUGAGCGAUCAUUGUGCAAGUUUGGUCAUGUACCUGAGCCAGGGGAUGAAAAGGUUUGCAUGGAGAUAUUUAAGAAAUAUAUAAGUAUCAACAAACGGUGUUUGCUGCAGCGUGCAGUAAACAUUUUUAUGGAGUACUACAGGAAGUUUCCUCCUGGGAUACACUUUGAUUUACGAGUACUUGAUGAGCUCCUGCUUUCUUUACUCAAAUACUGCUUAUUGAAAGAAGUAUUUCAGGUAGUGAACCUCAGCAUAGUGAUUAAAAUGCUGCCUGCUCUAAAAAUAUUACUACAAAUUUUUGAGUGCGUGGCAACUAGGAAGUUAAGGAAUGCUGUACCUGCCUUAAUUGAUACCUUUUGUAAGCUUGUUGAAGCUGGGAUGAUGCUUGACCCAGAACAUUUUAAUUAUAUUGUUAAGCUUUUAUGCCAACUGCAGGCUUCCAAACAGGAAAUAUCUACAGUGUUGGAACUCAAAUCCAGGUUACAGAUGGGGAAGUUCACAAAGAACUGGAAGCAUAAUUUAGAUUCAGCCUUGAAUGAAGUAGAGCAUUGUAAAGAAAAAGGUGACUGGAUCAAAUUGGGAAAUUUAUACAUUAAUGUAAAAAUGGACUGUGAAAACUUUGCAGAUUUCCAAAGAUUUUGUGCUUGUGUUGCUGAAACACUCACAAAAGGCAGUAAAGAAGAAAGACCAGGCGUUCCUUUUUGUGAAUUUGCUGAGACAGUUAUCAGAGAUCCAAAGAAUAGUGAUAUAGAUAAGACUUUGCUAGGAAGAAUUGGGAUCAAUGCUGUGUACUUCUAUCACAAGCUGAUGCAGUGGUCUAAGGGAAGGAAGGUCUUGGAUAAGCUGUAUGAGUUAAAAAUACAUUUUACAAGUUUAAAAGGACUCACAGGGCCUGCAAAGUCAGCACCAACAUGUCAAAUUGUGAACAUUGCUACAGAAGUUUUUCUCAAAAGUGGAAGCCUUGAUGGUGCCAUUUGGGUCCUAAGAGAAUCAGAGUGGAUAAUCAAUACUCCACCUUGGCCUUGUGAUAGACUAGACGUGCUUCAGCGACAUAAUCUGCUCUGUGCAAUUGCACAUGAAUCCUUAGCCAAGAGCCUUUAUGGACAGGCAUUUGAGGUUUUGCAGAAUCUACCAGGUAUUCAAAAUUCUCAAGAAACUGUGGCGGUCUCGCGGCCUGGCCUGCUUUUCAGCAAGCUCAUAGAUGGCUGUAUAGAGAGCAACAAUCUGGAUAUGUCGUCCUCAGUGGCACAAUUCAUGGUUUCCAAGGACAUCCCUAUCGAUUUUUCCUUUCUAAGAAGAUUAAUUACUUCUUUAGGAAGGAGUAACUUGUGGCUCGAAGCCAGAACUCACUACAAAAGUGCUGUUUCUCUGGGUUGCUACCCACCAUUGGAGGGAAAUUUAUACCGAAAACUUCUACUGAUCCCUUGUUAUUUAUCUGAGAUUGAAAUGCUUUUAGCUAUUGAAAUCUUCUUGGUAUCUAAUGCUAGUAGUAUUCAGAGUCCAGGAACUUCUACACAGGUGCUACAGAUAGUUUUGAAAAGAUGUGAAGAAAAUAAAUCUUGGAGCAAGGAUGAUUAUCAAGCUGCAGUCAAAAGGUUAAUUUUGGCUGCUCACAUAUCGAACCCAAAGCUUUUUAUUAAGCACAUGACCAUCAAUGUUAAUACGGAGCAGGUUUACAGUUUGGAACACUGUUCUGCCCUGAAUUGGCUGAAAGAGAAUAUGAAGUGGGCCGGAAAGGUUUGGCUUUUCAAUAACCGACGUUAGUCAAUAAAGGUUUCUUUUUUUAUUUGAGUAAUCAUUGUUGACAAUAAAAGGCAACAAAA